AGGUAAACGUAAAGCGUUGCAAAGUAAUCGAAAUAAUAAAAUAGCCUUGUUGAAAUUUUCCAAAUAAAAUAGAAUUGAAUGAACACUUAUGUCUUCAACGGUUAAUAAGUUAUUCUUAUCCCAUCAAUUAGGCCCAUAACAUUUAACUUUUAUAGAAAAUAGAGCACAAAAAAAAACCAACUACAAAUCCCAAGCAAUAAACCUCUCAAAUUACAACAAAUCAAGAAAUGGCGGCCAAGCCCUCGAGUAACAAGGUUACCACGGUUGUGGCCACAAUCGGCUUUGGUCCGGACACGAUGACAGAGAUCAGUUAUGUGGACACCAAGGUGAUUGGCAAUGGGAGCUUCGGUGUUGUCUUCCAGGCCAAACUGUUGCCCAACAACGAACUGAUUGCCAUCAAAAAAGUGCUGCAAGAUCGUCGCUUCAAGAAUCGGGAACUUCAGAUAAUGCGGAAGCUGAAACAUCAGAAUAUCAUCACACUUCGGUAUUUCUUCUAUUCGAGUGGAGAGAAGCGUGAAGAAGUCUUUCUCAAUCUGGUCAUGGAUUAUAUGCCUGAAACGUUGUACAAAGUGGAGCGACAAUAUGCGAGAGCCAAGCAAACGUUGCCAGUUAACUACAUCAGACUUUAUAUGUAUCAAAUGUUUCGCAGUCUGGCAUUUAUGCACAGCUACGGGUUUUGUCAUCGCGAUAUUAAACCACAGAAUAUGCUGUUGGAUUCGGAGACGGGGAUCUUUAAGUUGUGUGACUUUGGCAGUGCCAAGCAAUUGGUGCUGGGCGAAACAAAUGUUUCGUACAUCUGCUCGCGAUACUAUCGAUCGCCUGAGUUGAUCUUUGGCGCCACACAAUACACCACCAAGAUUGACAUGUGGAGCGCCGGUUGUGUAUUGGCCGAGCUGCUGUUGGGUCAACUCAUCUUUCCCGGCGACUCGGGCGUGGAUCAAAUCGUCGAGAUAGUCAAGGUGAUGGGCACUCCGACAUCCGAGCAGCUGCACAACAUGAAUCCGAACUACAAGCAACUGCAGCUGCCACAAUUGAAGCCGCAUCCGUGGAGCAAAGUCUUCCGCAUUAAAACACCUCCCGAAGCCAUCGAUCUGGUGUCCAAGCUGCUCAUCUACUCCCCCAACGAACGUAUCUCCCCCUUGCAAGCCUGCGCCCACUCCUUCUUCGAUGAGCUGCGCAACGAACCGAAUCAACAGCUGCCCAGUGGACGCACAAUGCCGCCGCUCUUCAAUUUCUCCGACUACGAGAGGACCAUCGAACCCAAGCUGAUGUCCGUGCUAAUGCCCAGCUCUACUAGCGAGAAUGUGCUGCCCUCGAGUGCCUCAGGGCAUCGCAAUGCCGCUGGCGAAGACAGCAACACGAGCAGUGUGAGCACGGCCAGACCUCAACUAAAGCAACCAACGCAACUACGAAAGGAACUGGAAUGUGGACGUGGACAAAAGUCGCCAGUGGUGGCUUUUAAUUCCAGCACACGACGUGAGAUGGGCAACGGUGAUCAUGUGGAAGCGGUGUGCUUCGAUUGCGAAGCUUCCACACCCGAGACCGAUGACGAUGAUGAUGACAACACCGAGGAGGCUGUGGAUGAUGAACGUCAGUUGGUGAUGCACAACAACAACAAUAGUGCAGACAGUCCGCUGUCCAGCGAUGAGCACGAUGAACGACGAGGAGUUGACGUUGAUGACGACGACGACGACAACGAUCUCGAUGAUGAUGAUGAUGAUGAUGUAGAUGUCGAUGACAACGACGAUGAUGAUGACGAGAGCGAUGCUGAUGACAACGACGACGAUGACGACGACGUUGUUGAGGCUAAUGAAGUGCGCUAAGUAUUGUUGUUAAUUUUUCUGCCACAAAACGCGCAACAAUUAAUGAAAGCAAUAAAAAUUUAAGGUACAUACAAUA